GAGCACAGAAAACUGCGACUCCAUGCAUCAGCGGGCAUGAUAAUUACACACCCACUUCAAUCAUCACCAGCAACUUAGAUGCCCAUCCCCAACUAAAGACCCCCGCCACACACUUCUACACGGACACGGACACUACCUGCGACUUUUGCAUCAUUUCCUGACUAAUAAGAACAGACACUUUAGAAGUUCUGUAACUCGAGCAAAGUGAAACGAACACCGGAUCCUGUUAGAGCUUCAUUAAGAGCAUGGCCAACUCCGGGAUCCAGCUGCUGGGAUUUUUCCUAUCAUUAAUAGGUAUUGUCGGACUGAUCAUCGGGACUAUCCUGCCGCAAUGGAAGAUGUCCGCGUACAUCGGAGACAACAUCAUCACAGCUGUAGCCAUGUACCAGGGACUCUGGAUGUCCUGCGCUUUCCAAAGUACCGGGCAGCUCCAGUGUAAAAUCUACGACUCCAUCCUUCAGCUCGACAGUUCGCUCCAGGCCACACGUGCCCUGAUGAUAGUUGGCAUCAUUGUUUCCAUUGCAGGUCUGGGUGUAGCCUGCAUGGGAAUGAAGUGCACCACCUGUGGAGGAAGUGACAGACUACGCAAGGCCCGCAUUGCCAUGACAGGAGGCAUCAUCCUGUUAGUGGGAGGGCUGUGUGCUAUCGUAGCGUGCUCCUGGUUUGCUCACAAUGUCAUCAGGGCUUUCUAUAAUCCCUACACUCCAGUCAACACCAAGUUUGAGUUUGGUGCGGCCAUCUUCAUCGCGUGGGGCGGUUCUCUCCUAGAUGUCUUAGGUGGGGCCAUGUUGGCUGCUUCUUGUCCAAGGAAGAAGCAAGUGUCCAAGUACCCAGCCAUCGGCAGUACCCGCUCAGGCCCUCCAAGCAGCACUAAGGAAUAUGUCUGAGAUUCCCCAACCAUGUAGCCAGGAACUUUAAAAGAAGCUGAGGAGAAUGAUCCUCUUCAGCAUCAGCGAGGCGCAAAACCGAAGAUGUAUGGAUGAUUGUGAAUCACAUGGAGGCAGGAAGUACUGAAAAAAGACUUUCUUUACUUUGUGUUCAGGCCUUUGAUGACCCUUUGAUUAUUAAGCAGCACCCUCAAUUGUUUAAUGAUGGAUGUCUCUCACCCAAUCCAUACAUUCCUCCAUUGUUUACAAGUAGUCUUCACAAAUACAUUAUAAUUGGAUGUCCUGACUUAAUAGACAAACCCUCUUGGGCUAGCUUUUGAAUUGCAGCCUAAAUGGUGGGUUAUAGCCAAUACUUGCGCCCUCAUGUUAGAACCAGCAUUUAUUAGCAUUUGCCAUGUAAUUGAAAGUAAUCAAUUACAGUUUGGUGAGUAGUCUGCAAGUCAACACGCUGUCCAACACAGGAACACGGUGACAAUACAGCAUUUUAUAUCAACUGUUAGUACCAAAAUAGAUGUCACAAUGAGCAGGGUGUGAUUUCACACACUGCGAUGACACAGGCCAUUUGCUACAGGACUCCCCACAGCUUUUCAUACCAGCAUGUUACAAAGCCUGUUCAGAUAUAAAAUAUCUGAUGUUGUAGUCAUCACGCCAUUAUUGCUCUAUUGGCCUUUCUAUCAGCCACUGAGGUUAAACUGCAACUAUUUAUUUUGUCAACUGUAGGUCUUUACUCGUGUAGAUUUGCACGAUUGUUAGUUCACUGUAGCUUCUUGUAGCUUUCACAAUUUAGUGUUUUUUAAAUGUUCUGAACAGUUGGUUCUAUGUUUGUAAAUGCCAUAGGUUUAUAUACUUUUAGCAGAUAACAGCACCAUGGAAAAUAUAUGAAAGAAUAUUUUUAACAUGUCCAUCAGUACUUAAAUAAUAAAGAUAUU